AUGAAUCUGGAGGAUUUUGAUUUCGAGUCCGACUGCAAACCAAACCGAUCAAUCCUUAGUAUUGUUACUUGCAGUGCCCUUAUUUCCUUCUUUCAUUGUAGAUUGGAAGCUAAGGUAGCAUUAGUGACCGAUGGAGCCAGCGGCCUUGGGCGGUCCUGUGCCAAGUUAUUCAGCCAACAUGGAGCCAAAGUUGUAAUUGCUGAUAUCCAAGAUGAGCUUGGCCACUCAGUCUGCAAGGAACUAGGUCCUUCCUCUGCCUCCUUCAUCCACUGUGAUGUCACUAACGAAUCCGACGUUGAAAAUGCCGUCAACGGUGCGGUCGCCCGGCAUGGAAAGCUGGACAUCAUGUUGAUCAAUGCCGGCAUCAUAGGGUCACCAACAGUCAAUAUACUUGCCAAUGACAGAGGUGAUUUCCAGCAAGUCCUGAAUGUCAAUGUAAUAGGUCCCUUCUUGGGCACCAAGCAUGCAGCCCGUGUAAUGAUUCUGGCCAAUGGUGGUGGUAGCAUCAUAAACAUGGCCAGCAUUUGCUCAAUCAUCGGCGGGGCUACACCACACGCCUAUACAAGCUCAAAGCACGCAGUGUUGGGGCUUACUAGGAACACGGCUGUUGAGCUUGGUAGGUUCGGCAUUCGAGUCAAUUGUAUAUCACCCUAUGCGGUAGCAACGCCACAGUCCAGGAAGUUCCUAAAGCUGGAAGAGGAUGCUGCCAUUGUUGAUGCUUAUUCUAACCUCAAAGGAGUAGCUCUUAAGCCGGAAGACGUAGCUGAGGCUGCUCUUUAUUUGGGCAGUGAGGAUUCCUCGUACGUGAGUGGGCAUAACCUUGUUCUAGAUGGUGCCUUCACUGUUUUGAAUCAAGGUUUUUGUAUGUUCGAUCAAUCAAGUUAAGGUUACUCAUACUCAGUUAUUUACCUUGUUCUACAUGGUGGCCUUAGA